AUGCCUGCCAAUGGGCGCCCACCCAGUGAGAUACAUGGGGUUUGGAGAACAAAGAAGAAGAACAAGCCCCUCAACCUCAAGAUCCACAACAGUGUGGGCAGCUGUGAGAACAUCCCUGCACAGCGCUCACCACUGCUCUCUGAGCGCUCCCUGAGGUCCUUCUUUGUGGGGUACCCUCCGUUCCUGCCCUCCACACCUCCUGUCCACACUGAAGCCACCUUCUCUGCAAAUACGCUGUCAGUGCCUCGCUGGUCCCCACAGAUCCCCCGCCGAGACCUGGGCAACUCCAUAAAGCACAGGUUCUCCACCAAGUACUGGAUGUCCCAGACCUGCACCGUCUGUGGGAAAGGAAUGUUGUUUGGCUUAAAGUGCAAAAACUGCAAGUACGAAGCUCUGUGGGUUGCAGCUCCGGGAUGGUGAAUGCUGCAGUGGUGGAAAGGGGCAGGGUUUGGAGAUGGGAGGGGGUCAGCAUCUCCCCAGACUGAGUGGGAAAACAUCCAGCAUGGGGCUGAGCAGAGCUCUGAGGCACAGAAGUCUUCUGUUUACCAGCGAACGUGUGGCAACCCAUCCAAACCCACAAUAAAGAAGUGGGACCGUGGUGGAGAAGCCCAUAAAGUCAGCAAGAGAUGGACAAAGAUAGCGAGGCGCUCACUAAUGCCAUUUAAAUGCAGGGCUGCCCAUCCCCGGGCGGUAUCGAGCAGGAAUCAGCACUUAGUGAAACUGCUGCUGGAGCCCAAUUGCCUUGCUAGGGAUCAGUGCUGGGAAUUUGCUGAUUGUCUGCUGGUAACUGAGUUAGCAGGGCUAUCAAGCGAUAACGAUCGCUGGGGCCGCUGAUUAAAUGCU